UCCCACAAUGCUCCUCCCCAGUCCCACAAUCCUCCCCGACCUUUCAACCCCCCUGCAAGGCCAGCUGGUUUCCAGCAGCGACCUUCACAGUUGAACCAGCCGAGACCACGCAUGCAGUCCCCUCCCCCCAGGCAACCCUCCCCUCAGCAGUAUCGUCAUGGUAACCCACCUGGCAACCAGCAACGGUUGCCGAUGCAGGCUCCUGCACCACGACCUCAGGUCACCCAGAAACCUGCCCAGCGCGAACAGCACUCUCCCCGAGCCUUUCCCCAGGGGGAGCAGCAGCCAAUGGCGGCACGGCCUAACCUGAGGGAAAUCCCACAAGUGGGAGAACUCCCUCCGCAGCAACCUGCAGCAAUGAGGAAGAAGAAGAUGAAGGUGCAGAAGAGGUUAGGUCCACCAGUUUCUCAGCAGCAGCCAGAUCAGCCAACUGGAGAGGAAGAUGAGGAGACUCGCAAAUUACGAGCUAAGAUAGCGGAGCAGAAGCGCCUCCGAGAAGAGAUCCAGCGGCGAAAGGAACUUCGGCGACAGCAGCUGGCUGGGAGCAGAAAAGCCGAAUUAAUGAAAAGAGUUGCUGCCCAAAAAGCUGCUGCAAAUCAGGAGGAAAACCAGGGCGGACAACCAGCCCAAGACUUUGGAGCACAGCCGCAGCAAACUCAGGAGUUUAACCCCGGUGUGAUGAGAACGCAGCCUCCCCCGCCACAGAGAAUCCCUGUCCAACAGCAGGCAGGACUCCCACACCAGCCACCGCACAUGCAGCCCAGGAUGAACACCCCCAGACAGAACCUACAGAAGGUACAAGGGUUCGCGAAACGUGUGCCGCAAGGACGACCUCGGAUGCCGGGGCCACAGAGCGCGCUCCAGCCUGUACCCCAGGCUAAGACUUUCCAGCCCAGAGCUCAAAACAUACCACAGAGGAUGCAGCUUGGGCAGAAUCGCACAGCCAAUGGGCAGGUCAGCCCGAUGAAGCCGCAAGAACAACAAGUGCAAUCUGCUCCUGCCAGGCUGCAUGUCAAACAGAGGCUAGGGCUGGGGAGGGGGAAGGCCAACAUGCAAAUGAGUGGUGGUCAACAGAACCAGCCAAAUGCACAGAGAAUGGUGACAUUGGCAGGACAGCAUCAGCCACCACAGACAGUUAUUGGGAGAGGACAGCCCAUCCGAACAGUGACCAGUCAGCAGCCAGUACAGACGUUUGACGUGGGUGCUAAUGGGGACCAGCCGCAUGUCAAAAUGCGAGUUGUGCAGGGUCCACAGGGAGGUGGCCUACAGCAGCAGCCCACUCAGAUGGCCAGUUCCCCACAGGGACAGCCACGGAAAAGGAUCGUCAAGCUGCCUAACAGACAGCAGUCGGAGGACAGCCAGAUGGGACAGCAACAGCCACAGGGACAGCAGGGAAACAAUCCUAAGCGUGUGGUUCUUGGAGCAGCAAGAGGCAGGGGACGGGGGCGCGGACGGGGAGGGGUGCAGACCAGGGCAGCAGCACAGCAGGUAUCCCAGCAGCCUGCGGGGGGCAUGAUGUCAUCACAUGUGGUUGCCAUUGACAACCUGUCCAUGUCCACGUCUGAAGACCAGCUACGGAGUAUGCUGUUGUCUGUUGGUCCUGUAGAGAAAAUGGACCUCCUUCGCACCCAGAAGAAGGCAAUCGCCAAGUUUGCCCACCCUGAGCAUGCUGCUGACUUCCAGAGGAAAUUCCACAGACACAUGGUGGAUCUGUCUCACAUCAACGUUUCUCUCAUGCCUGAGUGAGCUAAGCUGUCUGUCUCAGAGCAAGCCUAUCAACUGUUAGAAGAAGAUUGACAACUGACAGCUGAGAAGCACCUGAAGAAAGCUGUCCUCUGCCUCCACAGAGACAGCAGCUGUCCUGUAUGUAGCUGUCAGCUGUAUUACUGUGGUAAGACCAGACUAAUGUACAUGAUGUGAUCUGGUCCACGGGCUACAUUGUGCAUACAGGUGUUGGAAAAUUUACCUAUUAGGUUGUGUAAAAGUGGCUGAAAAAUAGACUGUGCUGCUAUAUUAAGUGUUACAUGUAGUAGCUGUGUCUAAAUGCUGGCUUCACAGCUGCCAAAUGUAGACACUUCUGUAUUCAGAGUAGUGUUACCAAAUGCUGUCUAAAGACAGCAGAGCCUGUUUGCUGUCCAAAUCAAGACAUCAACAUCAGAAGCGCCAAGCCUUGCUGUACAAGAGGAUGCAUCAAUGCCAGAGCUGUGUAACAAUGCUGUACAAAGUUGCUGCCCAAGUGUCCAGAGACUGAGGCCAACAUCUUUGCUGUCCUGAGGUACUGUUCUGCAGAGGACGACCCACCAGAGCUGCUCUAUUUUCUUUUGUGGAAUGAUGACCUUGACCAUCUUGCUGUCCAGAAUGAGCUGUUCAGUUCACAACUGUUUUGCUGUCCAAGAGUUGUUUGUCACAGAGCUUUGCCUCUGUAGGUUUCUAGCACAGACAUGGGCCUAAACUGCUGUCCAAUGAGCUGUGCAGCACUAGGCUGUCAGGAUGGGUACAGCUUAGAGCUGUCAGAUUGGACAGCAGAUGGAACAGGAUGGGAACAGACUUGAAAGAAUUUUUUUCUACUUGGACUGGAGACUGCUGCUGUUGGGAGAUGCUUCAUAGCUAUCUUAAAGUAUUAUUUUUAAAGGAAAGUCAAGUUUAAGUUGCAAUAUUUUCUGAGACAGAAAUAAUGUAGAUUUUUUUAUCAAAGGAAGUGAUACUCGCAAAACUGAUCAAGACAUUUUUCAGGAAAUUCGUAAUCAUGCCAACAUCCAUUUCUACGCGUAAAAAGACUGCCAAAUAUCAGAUAAAAUACAAGUAUAUGCUAGUGUCUGGCACUAACUCAACAUUUAUGUAAGGAGGCGAGAAUGGCAAUGGUAGUGUCUGUUUCACCAAAAAAAAAAGGCUUUUUUCCUCAUUUUUUUAAACGUUUCUAAACGAGUCAACAACAUUAGAUCAGAGAAUUAGAGAAGAUUAUCAUGAACUUUUGUUUAAAAAAGUAAAGCAGGACAAAUAGUGGUUACAUAAAGUUGUAAAUAUUGAAAGUAAUGAUUGGUGUUAUUAAAGUAUUCAUUGUUCAAGAAGAAUAAAUGUGUUGAUAUGUGUUGUAGUGGUAAACAAACUAAUUUUUACUGAGUAGUUUAAGUAGUUCACAGUUACUUAUUGUCUGACUUCAAGUUAAUCAUGCUGUUGGUUUGUUUUUCUGUUAUUUUGUGAGCUGUAAUGUACUUGCAUGUUAUUCAUUUCAUUGUUUUCAUAUGUGUGCAUGUUCUAGAAAUGUGAAAAAUAUGACUGUGUCAAGAUAUCAUAACAGAGGAGCGGGAAUAUGCAAUAGUCUUUGUGGUAAGUGAAAGGGACAAUAUGGUCUUUUUCAAAACCAGUGGUGCUGUUGUUGAUAAAGAAGAUCAUUUGUGUGUCAAAAGUUAGUCUCUAAGGCAUUUUAUCAGGGAUAAGCCAUAGGUAGCUGAGCUACCCUACAACGGCAACUGUGGACUUUUUAUCUAAAAUUGGAACUGGUCAAAGAGAGCAUCAAAGAUGAGUUUGAAUCUAUGUUGCACCGUCAUAGGGCACACCCAAAGUUGCAGAAUGAAAAUGUGGGACUUAGUGGUAAAGGACUAUUUGUAAUGUUGCAUGCCUGGUCCAUGGGUUAUGUCUGGGUUUCCAGCAAGUGCUGUUGUCUUUAAUGGGGUACAUGUACCUGUGAAGGACUGGUGAUGGUACUUAAACUUUUUUGUAUGGGCAGUAUCAAAGGUUCCUAAGCAUCUCUCAGGAAGUCAAUUUCCUUAGAUUUCUGUAGAACUGUGUAGAACAUUGUGAAGACUGAAGAAAAUGCAUGGAGACAAAUACCAAGUUGGCAUGGAGGAAAAAUGUCUCUGAAGUUCACUUAAUAGUUAUUUUGGAACCAUGUUCUUGCAUCUGAGGUAUAAUGUAGUAGCCUUGGUCCAGUGCAGUGCUAGGGGAGCACAUGGUUCAGAUUAGGAGUUUGGGAAGUUUUGGUUGGUGACAGUAGGGGUUCCUUUGAUAUUUCAUCAUAGUUUGAUCUUUGAGUGUGGCUCCGACAUAUGUUUGGAAUCAGACUCAUCAUUCUUUGAGGAUACCUUUUAUCAAAUACCGUGUAAGAGCCGUUAGGUGGUGAUAAAAUCUGCUCUUCGAAUCUGCAUCAUGGAUGUUUGAAAGUUGUUGGGCAAUGCUGGUGAUAUUGAUCAGAGUUUUUAAUGUAUAUUUGUGCAGGUCAUCAUGACAUGUAGUUGCAUAUUAAUCAGCAUCUCAAAAGAAAGGUUUAAUUUUGUCUAGUAGCAGAUCUUAAAAGUCAAUUUGUCUCAGUACCAAGUGGUGAAUUACUAGUGUCACAUGGGAAUCAUAAUGGUUGCAUGCGUCAGUUAGGCCCAAAGAAUUAACUGCAGACAACAAGAGAAGGAAGUGAGCAUGUGUAGUUGUUACUACUUAUGUUGGGACAUUGUUGCAAAGUUACAUAUCUGUCAUUGCUUCAAGUACUCCUGGAUAGGUAGUCUUGUUGGAGUUACGUGGUCUGCUUCUGCUAGCAUAUACAUUCACUUGGCCCAGUUCUACCCAUUGUUCCAUUGCACUGGGGUACCCUUCUUUGGUUACAUUAUACCACAUGUAUGGGAGAACAGGAAUCCAUCUUAGGAACUUGAGUCUAGAUGUUAGCGGCCCUUUACUGUCUUCAUCACAGUCAAAGCUUGGGUAACAUGAUUGUAGUGCAGAAAGUUCAUAUGCUGGUACAAUGAGACAACAUUUAGACUUACAAUCCAUCUGUCAGGACCACUUCACUGUUUCAGGUUAUAAUGACUGGUUAUUUCUGUGUAAUGAAUAAUGCUGAUAUCUUAUGAACUUAUUAUCAUUUUGGUUUUAAUUGGGAAUUUUUCUUCAGAAAUUAGACAAUGGUGUUACCAGUUGGGCUAAGAUAAAGUCAUUAUGAUGGUGGGGCAAACUUGAAAUUAAGGCCACACCACAUAAACCUCCCUCUCAGUGAAUCAAGAGCAAGAUAAACGUCAACAAUUGGAUACAUUUGUUUGUUAUUGUCUUGAAAUCGCGGUAGAAUGAGAAGGUAGAAAGUUCAGUUGGAGUGGCCUUAGUACAUGUUCCUCACAGAAAUGCUGGAGUUGUCCUGGCAAGAUGAAGUCUUCCACUGUUCACCUCUUUUAAGUGUCCAUGUAUUGAGGUUGGGGGGUUGGUACACCUGCAUUUCAAUGCAUUUCUGUCACCACUCCACUGACUACACUGAUGAAGAUGUGACUUAAUCUGUAGAGACUGAAAUUUCAUCAUACAGCACACAGUUAACCUUUAGAACACUGAAGCAGCCAUUUGCUACCUAUUCUCUAUUGGUUUUGUGGUUAUGCAGCAGGGGGAAAGUUAAGCGGGUAUGUCACUUGACUGUGCGCUUGUUUGCACCAGUUUGUGCCCAUGUUCAAAAUACCUGGCACAAUUUGGUGCAGUCUUGUGAGACACCUGCUUAAAAUGUUCUUAGACUAUCCUAAUCUUUCAGUUUGACAGGGAAUGAGUAAAAUCUCCGAGAUAUUUAUUUGAAGGAAAGUAGUUUCAAACAUUUACUCACCCGGAUACGUGUCACCUGGACACCACCAUGGGAAAUAAGUGCCUAAACAUUUAUCUGGAAAAAGUUAUCUUCUGUUGUUCAUUGGAUACAUUGAAUACUGGUGGAACAUGAAGGAAGUUUACAUUGUUUGACCAAGAGAGUGAGCCUGAUGGGAUGACUUUUCAUUGGACAGUACUCGACCAGUCAGCACUUUAUGUACUAAAUAUUCCAAUCAGAUUCAAAACACAUGGCUAGAUUGGUGCAAGAUUUCUGAAAGAACUAACAAGAAAUGAUAAAGGAACUUUCUUUCAUACAAGACUUCCACUUCAAGACCAGCAUUCUUCUAAGGCACUGCUUUAACAUUAUGGCUCUCAUACUGUGAUUCCUGGAUUGUAUAAAAGCUAUAAUGUUAUUGUUGGUUGAUGACAUCUUUUGAAAAACCUUUGAAAUAGAUAUUUUGUCUGAUUUGUUGAGAAUUCUAUUUGAUGCCUUUAUGACUUGUUUGCUUUAACUAAAUUUGACAGCCUUAGAAUAAUGUUGGUCCUUUCAUUAAAUUGUUGGUGUGACAGUCAAGUUGUUGAGGGGAGAAGAAGAACUUAAAGAAAAUAACAUUUCCAUGGGGCACUUUGUCUGGAGAUUGUCUGGAAUGCAGGCCAGUUCCAGACAUAAAAUUAAUGGUGAAGAGAUGGGUGUUAUUCUGAAGAAGAUGGCAUCACUAUGGCAUCCAUGCAGACCAAGGAUCAACAAGUUAAAAGAAACUUGAUAAGAAACAUGUAGGAAUAGGGACAUCUUAUAUAUGCUAUGUGUAUCAAAUGUGAAACAUUUCAUUCCAAUUAUAACAUUGUUGAUUCAAAUGGUAGAGAAGUUUAAGAUGAAGUUGGACCAUGCAAAAUAUAAGCAUCUUACUGUUGUAUACUGUAAUGAUCUAUUGGCAAUGUUCUGACAUGUGUUACAAGUGUGUCAUUCUAUUUAAGCCAUGAAUUCUAGACACGAUUGACUUUACUGCUGUGCAAUAAACUGUCAAAAUGUUUGUUAUACAUGAAUUUGAUAAAUACCUUUUGUACUUGUAUUGCAUUCAGAUAUGUGCAUCAAGGUAUGCAAAUUGAGGAGUACAAUCCAUCUGAAUAUUGUUUAUCAUUGAAAGUAUACUAGUAGAAAAUGAAAAAAUGAUGUUCAGAUUGAGUGGAAAGUUAAUAGUGCACUAUGUGCACACUGUGGACAACACCUGCCUCAAAUUGUAGGCCAAAGUCUGAUGUCACCAAGAUGACUUCUUAUAAAGUACUGAGUAUCUCAGUCUGAAUUGUGUCAAUUUUAAAUUAUGCAUGAUAAACUUUUAUUAUUGUGUAUGAUAUAUAUUAUAUAUGCGUGACAAUCAUAUGAUUGCAUUGAAGGUAGAAAGUAUUUCCAUGAAGAAAUUAGUUGCAGUAGUGUUAGUUGUAGUAGUAGUCUUGAUAUUGAAAGUGUAACUGUGAAGUUUUAUACAUAACUACUAAUAUUAAUGAUCAUUGUAGCAUUCCUGGAGUGUAACAAACAUAGCAAGUUUAACAAUUACAAUGGCUGAUAUUUUGUAAUAGUUGUAGGAUAGAAGCAAAUACUUAAAACUGAAAAGACCAGCAGACCAGAAAGAUAGUCUACAAUAACACCACAUUUCAUAUCUUUGCAGGGAUACCCAUGUCAUGUCCGGUAUAUUUCAACAAUUGUGCUGGUGAAAAAAGACCACAAUUUGUUACAGACUGAGUACAUUAUUAUUGUAACUAUGGAAUGUACAGUUGAUAUGUGCAGGAACAGGAAAUCAGUGAAGCAGGUGAAAUUAUUGUAACCCUAUUUUUUCAGUCUUUUUAAAUUUAUAUACCAUUCUGAUGUUGGUAUUGCAAAAUCUAUUUGACACAUGUUAGUUUGCGUUGUAAAAAGACUAAAUUUGUUUUGUUCAUAAUCAUAUGGUAGGGCAUACAAUGGAACUUGGAUUCUCAUUUUGGUUCGGAUAAGGUCAUUGCAUCCCUGCUUCCUGAACACUUCCCUGUCUGCUACCCCACAAUUUCUUUCAACAGGGCAGUAGUUACCUGAGGAGGAACUUGCCACCAGUUUCCAAUUUUCCCCACCAAAGUCACACUGGCCGUAACUACUUACCUGCAGUUUGUUUCAAUUGUAGGGGACAAGCAUAAUACAGUUGUACUGGCAUUCUGUGGAUGGAAAUGUGAUCCAAGCUUGAUGUUCUUUGUGGAGCAGUAGCUGAGAUACUAGUAAUAGGAUUGUAUGCUAACAACAUACUGACAUUUUGUUGUUUCAGGCAGCUUCUAAAGCAUUAUAACUGGACAGUUAUGAUGCUGAAAAGUACAAGGUGUAGAAGUUACUAACUGGCAUUUUUUUAAACUCUCUAGUUGCAUCAAGUGUCAGGACGUUUCUACCAAACGGAUUCUGGAGUAACAAAUGUAUUUCUGGUCUGCUGGUCUAAAUGUUAAUCUCAGCUGUGUCCUGUAGUACUAGUAGUGGUAUUUGACAUUUUGCUAAUGUAGCAAAUAGUAUGUGGUAUACAUCUAAAGGUCUUACACUACUGUGCAUAAUCAGUGGCUUAGAUUUAAAGAGGAAGAAUUGUGAAUAAUAUGUCAACUUCUAUCUCACACUGUUUACAAUUUGCAUAUCUAAUAAUACACUGUACUCGGAUGCUGAUAUGUCCAGUUUUGGUUUUAUUGCAAAGCUUUGUAAUAAAUGAACUUGUGAAAUGUCCA